CGGCGGCCGGGCAGUUCCGGUGGCUGAGUGCUCUGCAGGCGGCUCCGGUGCCGUCUGUGUGCUUCGUGUAGCUCCCUGUAGCCCGGUCCCGACGCCGGCUGCGACCGGGCCGCCGACCGAACAUGGACUCCGCCGGCCAAGAUAUCAACCUGAAUUCUCCUAACAAAGGUCAGCUGCCUGACUUCAUGACUGAUGUCCCUGUUGACCCAGGUGUGGCUGCCCAGACUCCUGCUGUUGAGGGUCUGACGGAGGCGGAAGAGGAAGAGCUCAGGACUGAGCUUGCCAAGGUAGAAGAAGAAAUUAUCACCCUGCGCCAGGUCCUGGCAGCCAAGGAGAGGCACUGUGGAGAGCUGAAAAGGAGGCUGGGCCUGUCUGCCUUGGGGGAGCUGAAGCAGAACCUGUCUAAGAGCUGGCAUGAUGUGCAGGUCUCUAACGCCUAUGUGAAAACUUCUGAGAAACUUGGAGAGUGGAAUGAGAAGGUGACCCAGUCUGACCUCUACAAGAAGACCCAGGAAACUCUCUCUCAGGCAGGACAGAAGACAUCUGCUGCCUUGUCCACCAUGGGCUCUGCCAUCAGCAGGAAGCUUGGAGACAUGAGGGCUCAUCCAUUCUCACACUCCUUUAGCAGCUACUCCAUCCGCCACUCAAUAAGUAUGCCAGCCAUGAGGAACUCUGCCACCUUCAAGUCAUUUGAAGACCGAGUGGGGACCAUAAAGUCUAAGGUUGUAGGUGGCAGAGAGAAUGGCAGUGAUAGCCUACCUUCCCCAGUGGGGAGUGCCGACCCGCCCCUGCCAGAUCAUGCACCUUUCUAAGCCUGUGAUAGUGUCGCCAAGCCGCGGAACAGGUGCAAGCACAUCCUCAUCAUCACAACUGCAACUCUGCGCAAUGGAGCCACCAGCACA